AUGGUAACCCCCGGGUCUUCCGGCGGCGGCCGGAAGCGGCGUGCGCGCGGGGUGGUAAUGGCGGCGCCCAGGGCUCCGCCGGCCGCCGCCGCCCUCACGGUGCUGCUCUCGGUCGCGGCCUCCGCGCCCGGGAUGCUGCGGGGUGUCCCCGCCGCCGCGCUGCGCCCCGCCGCCCUGCGCGACGGGGAAGUUCACAGGUUGGUCACCUACAUCUUUGUCUAUGAGGAUCUGGUCUCCCUGACCUGCGGUGCCGUCGCCAUCUGGUACUUUGCCGGCAGCUUUGAGAGGAACGUGGGCACAGUGAAGCACUGCCUCCUCACCAUCGCCUUCUCCGUGCUCUCUGCCCUCCUCUACCUCCUCCUGGAGCCCCUUGUCUCCCGGCUGUGGGAGGUGGGAGAUGCCAAAGGGUUCCUGCCGGUGGCUUUUGCCAUGCUGGGUGUGUCCACCACCCGCUCGCGGAUGAAGAGGACUCUGCUUUUCGGGUGCCGGGUUCCAGUGGCGCUGGUGCCCUGGUUUGUGCUCUGCGUGGCGUGGUUUAUCCCCCACUCCUCUCUCCUGGGUAACCUGUGUGGGCUUCUGGUGGGGGAAGCCUAUGGUCUUGGCUACUGUUUCUGCCUGGAUUUUCCAGAGUCAGUGGGCUCUAAGCUGGACCGGGUGUUCCCUUUCACUCUGCUGAAGAGGAUCCCAGGGCUGAAAUACAUCCCAGGGUCCUUAGCAGAGAGAAGAGCCUCUGAAAGCACCAAGAUUAACCCUGCACCAGGCACUUACCCCACCCAAAACUACUACUGCCCUUCGCCUCCAGCUCUUCCUGCUUCCCAGAUGCAGCAUCCCAACGCUCAGAGCCAGGGCUUUCAUCACAGCUGCGCUCCGGGACAUGCCGUGUGCCGGCACACGAGGGAUCAUCAGCAGGGCCAUGCUGCAGGACACAGCCUCAGUUCUUCCCGCUGCCAGGCCAGAGGUGCCUUGGGAGAGUGUUGUGGGCAGGCCCACGUGGGAGCCUCCCCAGGACAGUGCUGCCAGCUGGGCGCGUUCUCUCCCCCUCAGCGCGUGUGCCCGACUGAUCCACAGCCACCUGUGGGCGUGGGCCCCCUGGCUGGUGCUCAGCAAGCACCAGGGUAUCCAGCACCCACAGUGCCUGCUGCUGCAGCUGAAUUUACCAGAGUCCAGGUGUACUGAUCCUCCAGGGAGCAUCAGAACUCACGCAGGGGCAGGACCACUGUGUGAUGCUCACACAGCAGCGCGUUGCUGGCAUCUUUGCUGUGUCUGGGUUGACUGUUGGAAUGCAUUGGUAGCUCCAGUGUAAGCCAUUCCCCUGCUCCCUGGCACAGGCUACUUGAAUUACAUUUCCUUUAUGAUUUUUUUUUUUACUUUUUGAUAUUGCUGGAGGUGGGGACUGUAUCAGCAGCUGGCUUUUUCCACACUGCCACUGGAGUUCCAGUGCACCAGCUCCCUGAGUCAAGGUGCGAAUCUCACUGUCAAACCACUGGAGUUUAACUAGGCUGCAGCAAAAAGCACCUGUCACAUUUACACUCCUGUCUUUUUUACAGGUGUGAUGUAGCUAGGACCCAAAACAGGUGGGAAUCAGGCAAGCCUUAUUUUAUAACUUAAUAUUUGAGUGGAGAAGGACAGAUGUGUGUGUUCUACUGGUGACUUCCCCAUUAAAAGAGUGCCAUGAAGAGAGCUUGUUAAACCAAGCUAGGGCAAGAGGAUAGAACACAGAACACCCUUUUCUGCCACCACAAAACACAGCUGUAAAAUGCUCAAGGUCCUUCUUAGCUGCAGUCUGUGCCUGCAUCAACACGGUGCCUUCAUUUUCUGAUAGCACUGCACCAGCUCAGCCUGUGUCACCAGCACUUGUCAAUAAGGCCACCUCAGAUGCAUGGGAAGUACUGGGAGACUCUUCAGUAACGAAUUUUGGCCAUUUGUGGAGCAAAUGUUUAUAAAUCCAAGGAAUGUAGCAGUGCUGUUGGGGGUGUUCACACUGCUCAGCUUUAGAAGUCUCACCUACCAAUAUUAGCACGAUCUCUCUCUGUUUUCUUUGGAGCUGGUGGGCAGGUGUGUGGGAGAGGGGAGUUUUCAGCAAAUGAUUUGGAGCAGGAUGCACUGUUUGGUGCCUGUGGCUGUAAUGAAGAAGUUUGGUCGAGUUGCAGGGAUUUGAGAGUUAUUCCCAGCUGUGUAGCUGCUGGACUGUGCCGUGCCCAGGAGGAAUCUGCUGUCUCUGUGUCUGUAAAUCAGCCAGGAUCUCAACUAUUGCCCUUGACUCUGCUCAGAGUUUUGUUGUGUUCCAAACAAACAAAAAAAAAGUGCUGCAUGAAGCACAAAGUGCUGUUACUGCUCCUGGAGAUGUUCCUGCAGUGCCUCACCCGUCCCCCAGAAACACAACAGCCUCGGGGUUCCUCUGUGCUCCCAGGAAGCCUGACCAGAGGCAGCUCUGACAGCUGCAUGUUCCAAAACAAGUCCAUGCCCCUUUGAUUUUUUCCAUCAUCAGUGUCUAAGGAAGCCCCUUGUUGCUGUACAGCCACUUCUCCAGCAGGCUGGAGUUGAGGGCCAGCUCCCUCUGGUCCCUGAUUGUUUCACUCCUCCACGGGGUCACAAAUGGAAUUGGCUUCAUGGUCCCGUUUUUCCUGCUGACAGCAGUUGCAUUGUUAAGUGUUUAGUGUGGAGCAAGAGCGGGAUAAGGAGCUUGUUUGGAAUUUAAAAGCAUGUUUUUAGUACCAGGAAAGAAAUGCUAGAGAUAACAUUGAAAUGUUGAUACUCCACUCUCUGCUAGUGCCUUGAUUUUUCCUCCUUGUGAAAUCCUUGCCUGUAAGCCUAGGAAUUUUAUCACGGAUUUUUCCAGGAGGGUGAUGAGCAUUGAUAGCAAUCAUGAGUGUUGGGAACUGGAAAUAGAAUCUGAAAGACAAA